UGUUCAGUUUUGGUCAAACCCAGACUUCUACUAAUAAAAAAUGCCCAGCGUUAUUAGAAUUUAUAACUUCUAAACCAUAAAUAUUGGCGGGUGAUUAUUGUUAAUGAACGUGUGAUGAAGCCUAAUAGCAAUUUAUUAUUGCUGCCGCCGGCCGACACACACGCACACAUACACAAACAUGCACAUUUUAAUAUUAGUUAAUUAUUAUCGUUGAAACUGUGAAUUAUAUAAUAUUUUGUUAAUUUUAUACUCAUCGGCCGCCGUAUCUUUAACAUGUUUGUCGAUAGGCUUAUAAUUAGUAUUGAUUCAGUAUUGUUUUUCUUAUUCUCGCACACACAGAUGCAGCACAGCGUAGUCGCAAAGUUUUUUUUUGAUAUAUGAUUAAUGAUACGCAAUUCGCCGCAUUUUUAUAAUUUUUAUUUUAAAUGCAAAAAUUAAUUUUUAGUGUUAAAUCUACAGGCACAAAUUGCCAUAUGACGGUACCACAAGUAGGAGAUGAACAAGAACAUCAUUCAGCAUUGACAGUAGCCGAUGAUUCGAAUUCGGCCGAUGUUCCGAAUUUGAAAGGUGAUUGGCAUAACAUUUUUAUAUUGUUAGUGCUGUAUACAAUGCAAGGCAUAGCAGGUUUCGGUUUCUAUAAAGGAGUGAUGAUACUUAUGCAAACCAACAAACACAUAACUUAUAAAGAUCAGGCUCUUUUUAGUAUGGUUAAAUGGUCAUAUAGCUUGAAAAUUAUCUGGGCACCUUUAGUAGAUGCGUUCUAUGUACAAAAAGUGGGAAGGCGAAAGUCUUGGCUAAUACCUGUUCAAUAUUUAAUUGGAGGAUGUUUCAUUUAUAUAGGCAAUAAUAUUAACGAAUGGUUACCAGAAACGGAAAAACCAGACGUAUUGAAAUUGUUUUACGCGGUUUUCUUCGUUCAAAUCUUGGUCGCCACACAAGACAUAGUUGUCGACGGUUGGGCACUAACAAUUCUAAAAAAGAAUAACGUGGUUUAUGCAUCAACUUGCAAUGGAGUGGGCGCACCACUGGGCAUAAUGAUGGGCUCCUUUUUUCUCGUUUUGUUCACAUCAGAAAAUUUUUGUAACAAGUACUUACGAUUUACACCGGGUACAGGUGGAAUAGUGACCAAGGAAUAUUCAUUUUACUGUGUGGCCGUUCUUUAUAUUUUAUUAACAACAUUGAUUUUGAUCUUCAAAAAAGAAAAAGAAUACAGUUCAGAGGACAACUACAUAAAGCUCAACUUUAUUCAAAGUUAUUUAAUUAUAUGGGAUAUUUUAAAAAAACCUAGUUUCCGGUUAUUGAUGAUUGUAUUGUUGACAGCGGAGAUUGGCUUUGCUACAACUGAACAAAAUAUAUUGAUUUUAAUACUCAUUGAAACAGGAAUACCAAAAGACAAUAUUAUGGUAAUAAUCUCAUCAACGUACAUUGUAAUCAUUAUUACUCCAAUCGUUGUAUCAAAAUACACUUCGGGACCUAAGCCAAUGAGCGUAUUCUUAAAAUUAACACCCGCCAGAUUACUUUGGAAUAUUACGUUUGUUAUAUUUAUAUAUUAUACAACGAAAUUCCUUACAACUUAUGAAAAUAUAGGUUUUCCAAUAUAUUAUUAUGCAGUUUUAGCAUUAUUAUUAAUAAUAAAUAACAUCCUAGGCAUGACUGUGAAAGUGUCUGAAUUUGCUUUAUUCAAUCGUAUAAGUGAUCCUCGUUUUGGUGGUACAUAUUUUACAUUAUUGAGUACGUUUUAUUUUUUGGGAACGUUUUCAUCAACUUCACUAGCGAUUUCAAUGAUCGAUUUUUUAACAUUCAAAGAAUGUCCAUUAAAUUAUGAUAACAAUUGUUCUACAUCAAAUCAAAACAACACGUGUAUAACAAAUGGAAGUAGUUGCAUUGUAACAGUUAACGGCUAUUACGUAGAAUCGGCUCUUUGUAUAUUGUUUGGGAUCGGAUGGUACUAUAUUUUCAGAGGUACUCUUAAAAAACUCCAAGUAAAGAGCCCUUCUCAUUGGAUGGUUAAUCUAAAAAAUAAUAAAGUGAAGAAAAAUGAAACAACUGAGUACACAAUGGUUGAAAAUACACACUAAAAUUUAUUUCCUUGCUCAUGAAUAAAAUAUAAUAGGUCAAUCAAUAAUAGUUUUGCUUUUUAAUAUUUCAUCUUAGGUAAUCCUAGUUUAUCUAUGUUAAUUUUGUAUUGUUAAUUAAUUUAGU